AUGGCAGCAGUGGGGGGCCCCCAGGGGGGCCCCCUGGGGGCCCCCCUGGGGGCCCCCAUGGGGGCCCCCUUGGGGGCCCCCAUGGGGACCCCCAUGGGGGCCCCCAUGGGGGGCCUCUCGGGGGGCCCCAUGGGGGGCAUGGACUUAGCACAGGGUACUGGGGGGGCCCCCGGGGGCCCCUCGGAGUUCUCUGGAAGAGAUUUGAAGCAGCUUGUUGAGGCUUUAGGCAGCGGAGUGCCAGAGUCGGAGCUGCAGGCCACGCAGGUCUUCCGCCGCGCCCUCAGCAUAGAGAACAGCCCGCCCAUCCAAGCUGUCAUUGACGCGGGCGCCGUGCCUCACUUUGUCCGCUUCCUCGCCAUGGAGGGCCGCGAGCAGCUCCAGUUCGAAGCCGCGUGGGCCUUGACAAAUAUAGCCUCGGGCACUCAGGAGCAAACCCGCGUCGUGGUGGACUGCGGGGCAGUGCCCUGCUUCGUGCAGCUGCUGAGGUCCCCCAAAGAAGAAGUUCGGGAACAGGCGGUUUGGGCUUUGGGGAACAUAGCGGGGGACUCCCCCAGCUGCCGCGACUUGGUCCUCGACAGCGACGCCCUGCAGCCGCUGCUGGAGCAGCUUAAUACUCCCGGCUCGAAAUUGGCGAUGCUGAGGAAUGCCACGUGGACACUGUCGAACUUUUGCCGGGGCAAACCCGCACCCGCUUUUGAAAAAGUUUCUCCAGCGCUGCCGACUUUGGCGGCUUUGAUUUAUUCAGAUGAUGCGGAAGUUCUUACUGACGCCUGCUGGGCCGUUUCUUAUCUUUCCGACGGCCCCAACGAGCGCAUAGAGGCGGUGCUGCAGGCGGGGGUUUGCAGCCGUCUUGUCGAUCUCCUAAACCACCCCUCUUCUCUCGUGCAAACCCCCGCGCUGCGCGCUGUGGGCAACAUAGUCACCGGAGAUGACAGACAAACCCAAGUUGUGCUCACUUGUGGGGCCCUUCCCAAACUCCUCGCGCUGCUGUCUUCCAACAGAAAGACAGUCCAGAAAGAAGCUUGCUGGACCAUCUCCAACAUCACUGCAGGAAGUCGAGAACAAGUGCAAGAAGUGCUGGACAGCGGCGCCGUGCCCGCGCUGCUGCACGUUUUGGAGACAGCCGAAUUCGACACAAAAAAAGAAGCAGCUUGGGCCAUCAGCAACGCCAUCAGCGGGGGCACUGACGCGCAGGGAGUAGGGUGUAGGGCUUGGGCCAUCAGCAACGCCAUCAGCGGGGGCACUGACGCGCAGGGAGUAGGGUGUAGGGCUUGGGCCAUCAGCAACGCCAUCAGCGGGGGCACUGACGCGCAGCUGCAGCAGCCACAACCACAGGAGCAGCAGCAGCCGCAGCAGCAGCAACAGCAGCAGCAGCAAAUGAGCCUACUCGCGCUGCAGCAGCAAACGAGCUCCGCCCUAGGCCUGUCGGUAGGAGCAGCUCAAAGUGCGGGGCAAGGAGUGCUGCAGCAACAGCAAAUGUGGCAGCAGCAGCAGCAGCAACAGCAGCAGGACAAGUGGCACUCUGCGCCGCAGCACGAGAGUCUUGCUGCUGCUGCAGCUGCUGCUGUCGCUGCUGCGUCCCCAAUGGCUGCCAUGCUGCCGCACCGCGAGCUGCUUGAUUGGCUGCACGCCGGCAGCGGUGACUGCAGCAGCAGCAGCAGCAACAACAGCAGCAGCAGCAGUGGGUUGCGCAUUCACUGGGGGUCUCUUGAAACACCUCCAACUCUCUUUGUAGCAUCUAAGAAUGCUGCUGCUGCUUUUUGCUGCUACUGCGCCAUCUCUGCUGCCACCUGCGUUGCGUGUGACGGGCGAAUGGGCAGAAGCAGCAACUGCAGCAGCAAAACCAGCAGCAACAGCAGCAGCAGCAGCAGCAGCAGCAGCAGCAGCCUCGGGGAUGAUUUCGCAGCAUCUAUAGGUCGCUACAAGGCAGUGUGGGAAGGCCUAGUUGCUGAAGCAAGCGCAGCAACCGCAGCAGCAGCAGCAACCCCAGCAGCAGCAACCCCAGCAUCAGCAGCAACAGCAGCAGCAGCAGCACACCUUUCUGGUUGCGGGAUUAAGGGCCCCAUAAGAAGGCUCAGGGCUUUGUGGGUUGCGGAGCUGCUGCUGCGACUGACGGGGGAGGAGCUGCAGCAGCAGCAGCAGCAACAGCAGCAGCAGCAGCAGCAACCGAAGUCAACUGCUGCUGCUGCUGCCAUCGCAGCAGCGCUCUCCUCCUUGCUGGUGGACGGCCACGCAGGACAGCAGGCUGCUGCAAAUGCUUGGGAAAGCAGCAAGAAGCGGAAAAUCAGCAGCAGCUGCAGCAGCAACGGCAGAAGCACCAGCACGAGCAGCAGCAACAGCAGCGGCAACAGCAACGCCUGGGGCUGCCAGGAAGCUCCAGAUGCAGCGCUGCUGCAGCUAGAUGCCGACUCUCUGUGCGUCGGGGUGCUGCUGCUGCUGCUGCACUUGGGUGUUGCAAGCAGCAGCAGCAGCAGCAGCUGCAGCUCCGCAGCGCGAGAACCAGAACCAGCAGCUGCAGCUGCUGCUGCUGCUGCUGCUGGCUGCUGCCUGUUUGGGGAGGUGCUAGCCAGGCUUUCUCUCUGCACAGCGGAGCCAAUUGGCUUCUGUUUGCUGCAGCUGCUUGCUGCUGCUGCUGCAGCUGUUUCGCGAAAUGGCUCAGGGCAAGCUGCAGCAGCACUGCCUGAAAGCGCAGCAGCAGCAGCAACAGCAGCAACAGCAGCAGCAGCAGCAAACAGCGUCGAACGGUGCAAUGGCGCGCCUUUCGUUGGAAGUGGGUUAUCUUCAGAGCGGAACUCGAGCAACGGCAGCUGCAGCAACAGAAGCAGCAGCAGCUGCUACAACAGCAGCAAAGCCAGCAGUAGCAGCAGCAGCAGCAGCAGCAGCAGCUUGCAGUUCUCAUCACUUUUUUUGGACCUGGUAUUUGAUUUGUGGCUGGCUUAUGCACGUGCAGCAGCAGCAAAUCCUCUCGCAGGGUGGGCAGUGCAGCAGCAGCAGCAGCCGAAGCAGAAUCAGCAGCAGCAGCAGCAGCAGCAUCGCCUUCUGCAGGCACUGGUUGCUAGGGACAUUGCAGCAGCAAAGCCUCGCAUGCUUGCUGCUGCUGCUGCUGUUCUUCGGUGUGAGGCCGGUAUUGAGAACCCAAACAGCAACAGCAACAGCAACAGCAGCAACAGCAGCAGCUACUUUGCAGAUGACCCUUCCCGUGGGAAGGUUCUUCAUAGCUGCGCCAGAGACCCGAGUACUGGUGCUCCUGCUGCUGCUGCUGCUGCUGCUGCUGCUGCUGCUGCAGGGGGGGGGCGCUGGCUGUCCCUGUUUGAGGUGUACAUACACCCCAGCUUCUCCGGAGCAGCAGAUGCUGCUCAUUUUGCUGCACAGUCUGCUGCGCUGCCGCUUUGGCUUUGCUGCUGCAUCUACAGCAGCAACGAGUUGCUGCAGCUGCUGCUGAGGACAUCUCCUCUACAGGCCCUUCAGUCAGCAGCAGCAGCAGCAGGCCUCUGCAACAGCAGCAGCAGCAGCACAACGAACACAGCUGAGACCGGUCGUCCUUCAGAGCAUCAGCAGCAGCACCAGCAGCAGCAGCAGCAGCAACAGCAGCAGCAGCAACGGCAGCAGCAGCAGCCCCGUGGUGGCUGCUACUUGGGCUGCGUGUCUUGUGUUGCUGGCCUUUCUAGCUGUUGUGCUGCUGCUCGCUGUGUGCUGCCUGUAGUGUCUGUUCUGUCUCCCGCCGCUUCCAUGCCGCAGCAGCAGCAGCAGCAGCAGCAGCAGCAGCCGGGCGUGUUCCUAGAGCUGCCUCCAAAGCGACUGCUGCUGCUGCGCCUUCGCCUUCCACGCGGGGAAUCAGCAGCAGCAGCAACAGCAGCAGCAGCAGCAACAGCAGCAACAGAAGGGCUGCAAUGGCGCGGCUUCGUUCUGGGCUGGCGCCUCCUGGCGCGAGAGCUGCUGCUGCUGCCGAGUGCAGCAGCAGCUGCUGCUGCAGCGAAAGGCAACCCUCUGCUCCAGCCGCCUGCAGCAACGCAUCCCCUUGCGGCCACUCUGGCCUCUGCUGCUGCUGUUGGUUCUGCUGCUGCUGCUGCUGCUACGCCUUGCGACAUGCAACAGCACUGGGGGCCCCCUGGAGCUUCGCACUGCCGCAGCAGCUGCAGCAGCUGCAGCAGCUGCAGCAGCUGGAGCAGCUGCAGCAGCUGCAGCACAGAUGCAAGCAGGGAGUGGCUGGACAUGUGGGGCCCAGUGCAGCAUGGCUUCCAUCCCGUUUUAGACCCCAGCAGCAGCAGCAGCAGCAGCAGCGGUUCUCCUGCUGCGCCUGCGCUGCUGCUGCUCCCGUUGCAGCUGCCACUAGAGACUCCUGCUGCUUGCUGCAGCGGGGGCUGCGCGCCUUCUGCUGCUCUAUUGGGGGCCCUUGGAGAGCUUAGAGACGCAGCUUUGCGGCUGCUGCUGCGACUGCCUGCAGCAGCAGCAGCUGCUGCGGCUGCUGCUGCUGCAGCAGGCAUGCAACGGGAGAUGAUCCCGGGAGCCCAGCAGCAAGUGCUGCAGUGGGCCAUUAGGAACUUGGAGGCCGCCUUCGCCUGCUGCAGUGCAGCAGUGGAGAGGCAGCAGCAGCAGCAGCAACAGCAACAGCAGCUGCUGCUGCUGACAGCAGCGGUGGCUCUUCACGUGCCGCUGCACUGUUUGCUGCCGGCGCUGCUGUUGAGGGGCCCCCACCCUUUGCUGCUGGGGCCCCUUCUUUGGUUCAUUUUGUUGCUGGGCCCCCUGGGGGCCUCGCUGCCGUCGCCGCGCGUGCUGCUUGUGCAGCAGAACAGCAACAGCAGCAGCAGCAGCAGCGCAGCCGAAUGUGCAUGCAGUGCUGCUGCUGCGUCUCCUGUGGGGAGCCUCAUAGACAGCACUUGGGGCCUUUGUCUUCUUUGGUUUGAAAGGGCCCCCUGGCUGCUGCUGCAUGCGCUUCGGUGUCUCAAGAGGAGACAGAGCAGCAGCAGCAGCAGCAGCAGCGGCGGCGGCUUCCGGGCGAAGGAGCAGCAGCAGCAGCAAAGGCAGCAGCAGCAGCAUGUGUUCCCUGCAGCAACAGCCCUUCCAGGGGGCCCCCUGCCGUGGCGCGCUGUGCAGCUCAGUUUUAAUUCUUUUGUAAAGCGCAGCAAAAGUUUAAAUGACUUCAUUCAGUUGCCCCCUAUAUUCGCCUCGAGGGGCCCCCCUGGGGGGCCCCCCUGGGGGGCCCCCCAGGGGGGGUCCCCGCAGAUGGGGGCCCCCCAGAUGGAGGCCCCCAAGGAGGGAGGCCCCCCCUUUGUGCCUUCGGGGGCCCCCAAGGAGGGGGCCCCCCUCUUGCUGCCAUUCUCUUUGGCUGAUGCAUUUGCUCGGCUGCUCGAGGGCAGCUAA